AUGAGGAUUAACAAUUUCCAUGUCGAUAUAUUAAUACUUUUACUGGUAAUUAAUUGUUCCAAAUCAAUGAUGCCUUCAAAAGAUUUUGAUUGGGAUUCGGACACAUUUAUGGAUUUAAAAAAUAUCCAAAUACCUGAUGAUGUUUUCGAUCCACUUGGUCCAUCUAAACCUAAAGUUAAACAAGGAUUGAACAACGAUAACUCAGCUUUACCAUUAACUAGAGGCCAUUCAUUGGUAAAUGGAUUUGAUGAUGAUUUUAUUAAUCCACCACCGACAUUACGAUCACAGCAUCGACCAUCUCCAUCACCUUCACCCCCACCGCAUCGAUAUCCAAAAUCAUCUCCUCCUCCCUCAAUGUUACAUUCAUCACCUCCACCAUCAUCACAAGCUCCACGAAUGAAAUCCCGUUACGAUGACGAUUACAAUGGUACACCAAGGCCUAAAAUGGGUCCUAAAGUAUCAAUGCCUUCAAAGAAAAUGGAUUUACACUUUGAUGAUCAUCAUGACGAUGAUAUUCCCGGAUUUGGACCUGAAAGCUUCCAUAAAGGUCCCAAAGGUGUAAUGAGAAGUUGGCAUACAAAGGAUGGUAAAGGAGAUGAUCACAUUUGGCAUACAAAAGAAACACAUCAUCAUCAUCAUCAUCAUCAUCACCAUGCUAAUCAAGAGGACCACGAGCACGAGCACGGUCACAAGCACGAUGGUUGGCACAAACACGAUCAUGGACACGAACAUCAACAUGGACAUGAGCAUGGACAUGAUCACGAACAUGAUCACGAUCAUGGACACGCCCAUAAUCAUGGUCACGGUCAUGAUCAAAGUCACACUCAUGAUCACGGUCACACUCAUGGUCAUCAACAUGCACAUACACAUGGACAUCAACAUGGACAUAAUCACGGACAUGGUCAUACUCAUGCACAUAAUCAUGAUCACGCUCAUAAAAAUACUCAUGGACACGAGCACGCACACGACAAUAAACACUCACAUGCCCACGGCCAUGAGCAUUGGCACGAUCACGGACACAAGCAUGGCCAUGAUCAUCAUCAUCACCAUGAUCACGAGCAUUCAUCCAAAGGAGGUAAAUCGGAAGCAGCCGAUGCUAAAGCCGCUAAUUUAGCCGAACUAUUGGAGAAUUUACAAAAAGCGCAAGAGAAAAAGCAAUCGUAUUUUUUGCAAACCAAUCAACCAAUUAGAUUAAAAGCAAAAGAAAAACCAACAGGCCGACUUAGGGUCACAUUGGACGGAGCGGCGAUCGACCUGGGAGAAAUACUCUAAACGAUUUUCCAUCCAUUUCCAAACAAUCAACUUUAAUCAGCUGAUUAAAAUGUUCAUAAAUGUAAUCAGUGUAUCAUAAUGACAUUUACAUUAUAUUUAUUUAUUUAUUUAUUUAUUUAUCCUUCACAAUCAACAUCAGCAAUUAACUCAUAUAUUAUAAAGCUAUGAGUUAAUUAUGAUUCAAAUUAAUCCAGUUCAAUGUACCUAAACCACAAAGCCGAUGGAAAAUCAGGAAAAAAAAGAAAAUUUAAUUAGUAUUAAUCAACCGUAAUCAACUUUUACAUUGUACAUCAUAUAACCAAAACAUGGCAACAAUUAACUUAUUAUUAGUAAACUAAUUAUGUACAUUAGUCAAAAUCAGCUGGAAACUGAUCUUAAUUUAAAUGUAAAUGUAAAUGAUUAAAUGAAGGAAAAAACAAA